AUGACACGUCGGCGGCGAGAGAAGGACUUUCUGGAUGUUUUUCCUAAUGAGCUGCUGCUCAUGAUCAAGGCGAGAAUCGCUGAGACCGACCUCCGUACGCACGUCUGCUUCUACAACAGCUCCACGCGAAUCGCUGGAAUGUACGGCAACGUUUGGGAGCAGGAAGAGUACUGGAAGAAGCUGUGCUGGCUGAACGGGCUCGGUUUGCUACCGGGGGAGUCAUGCAAGUCCGUUUCGUGGAAGCAGAUUGCGUUCGAGUGCGUCGAGGACGACGGGUUCUGCGAUCUCCCCGACUGUGGAGGAAACGCGUUGGUGAAGAAUGUGGCGUUAAUGGCGGCUGCCGACUACAACCUCGAAAGACCUACGCAGGCGCUGGCGCACAAAGAGGGAGGGCCGGACCUGGACUGCAGUCCCCUUCUGAGCCACAUCAAGUUCCGGAGCAAUCAGGAAUGGUCGUGGCGGAUGAAGCCCGACUAUGAUGCGCAGCUGUAUGUGCGCCCGUCCGAGGCGCAGAGCAGCUGGGGCCGCCGCCUGCACGCGCAUCCCAUCGCGUGCCGCAGCUUCGCGACGUUUCCGCCCAUACAGCGGCUGAACUUCUCGGAGUUGUAUGGACUGGAGUUCCACCCGACCAAGAGAACGACCGGCGUGACCGUGUGGGACGUGCAGUCCACGCUGCAGAAGAAACUGGACACGGGAAUCCUCGCCAGUGGUGUUGCGGAAUUCCUGGAGUGGCACGAAACCAAUGUACCUAAGCAUUGGGACGUUCGGACCAUGCUCAACGAACUGUGCACGCUGCGGGGUAUGCUCUCCGUUGUGCGUUGGGAUGGGAUGGAGAUAAGUAUCGACGACGACGACGACGGUCCAUACUUCGUUAUUGAGCUUGUCAGGAUUGAGAGAGACGAUGACGACGACGAGAGCGAUGACGAAUACUCAGAUAUAUCGUGUUAG